AGUCUAAUGUUCCGUGAAUGGUGUGGGGUGGUUCAACAGGAGGAGGAGAGGGGAGUUUGACAGGAUAGUUUUCCGUUUCAUAUGGCAGCACAGUCUCUGAAAUGGUCAUGCUUGUGGAUGCUGUUGUGGCUCUGCGUUCAGGCUUCCGCGACAAAAAUUCGAGCUUCUAUGGACGAUGAUGUCCUCCUGCCCUAUGCCCAAGGACAUGGCCCCACCCACUCCCACCGCUACAUCAGAGAUUGUCAGUCCAUCAAGUAUGGCAACACCACCCAUGAGAGCUGGGCCUCCAGUAACCACAGCGGGCAGCCGGUCGCUGAGUCCAAGGUGUUUGUAACAGACGUGCAUGGAAUCUCCAAAUGGGUUUAUGGUCAUAUGACUGUUGUCCAUGACCCACUGAGGACCGUGUCUGUGUUGGAGCCAGGUGGGCCGGGUGGCUGUACUUUGAAUCACACAGUCUCUGUGGAGGAGACGGCUAAAGCUGCUGGGUGUCUGUACGCCCAAAACGCUGGUUUCUUCAAGACAAAGUCACUCAAGUGUCUUGGAAACGUGGUGAGCAACGGCAGGCUGGUGCAGGACAGCGGCGGAGUGCAGAACGCUCAGUUUGGGAUCAGGAGGGAUGGCACUCUGGUGUUUGGGUAUCUGUCACAGAGUGAUGUUUUGGACCAGUCCAACCCUUUUGUCCAACUGGUCAGUGGUGUGAUAUGGCUGCUGAGAAAUGGUGAGAUUUACAUCAACCAGAGUCUGGAGGCUGAAUGUGACAAGACACAGGAAACAGGUCAGUUGCAGUAUUUUACAGAUGUGGUGUCAGCCAGAACAGCAGUGGGCCACGAUAAAGAAGGAAAACUAAUCCUGUUUCAAAUUGAUGGACAAACAGGAGUGAGAGGGAUGACUCUCUGGCAGAUGGCUGAGUUUUUGAAAAAGUAUGGAGUGAUCAAUGCUAUUAACUUGGAUGGAGGCGGGUCUUCCACGUACGUGAUUAAUGGCUCACUGGCCAGCUAUCCCUCAGAUCACUGCAAACCAGACGACAGGUGGCGCUGUGGCAGGAAUGUCUCUAGCAUCCUGUGUAUCCAUGAACGGCGAUGUCAGCCGGCAAACUGCAGCGGGCACGGAGACUGUAUGGACGGACACUGUCUGUGUCAGAAAGGCUGGCACGGUGACGCCUGCGACUCUCUAGUUUGUCAGUCUGCCUGCGGACCCCAUGGCUUGUGCACUCCCAACGGCUGUGUCUGUGAUGCUGGAUGGAGAGGAAAGAACUGCAGUCAAGAGUGCUCACCGGGCUUUUAUGGAGAUGGCUGCAAUCAGACUUGCUCAUGCGUUAAUGGUGGUUUCUGUGACCCUGUUAACGGACGCUGCACCUGCCCUCCUGGUUUCCAGGGUGAAACCUGUGGACAAGUGUGUCCUCUGGGUUUCUUCGGUCUGUCCUGCGCUAAGGAGUGCCAAUGUGACGACCUGUGUCCAUGUGACCCGCAGACAGGAAGCUGUAAUGCCACCCUGCAAGGAAAGAGCAACCUCACCUUACACAGAGCUGGACACUGCCUGGCCAAACAGAUGUUUGCACAUUGGAAACAAGAGAAAGACGCUCACAAAAAGGAGCCUUAUCUAACAGAGCUAACCUGGCUGAUGAUCACCCUCACCCUGGCUUUUCUUCUAUCAGCCAGCGCGACGGUUCACAUUGUACAAGCAUGUCGCAGCUCAGUGACUUCCCACUUCCCUGAACGUCGGGAUUACUCCUACGUGCCACUAACAGACAUCAAUAAAGAAGCUCCGCAUGCUGGAAACGCUGCGAAAUCUUUGAAUGGGGAAUUUAGUUUAGAAGAUUCAGACUCUCAGGAUGAAAUCUGGUCUCCAUCACGCUCAGGGAGGUUGUAGCUGCCAGGAAGAUGGAGGGUAACGAGUGAGAAUGCUGUUAUUGCACAAAGAGACAAGCCUCUUAUUUUUGAUAAAUCUCUUAUUGGCAGUUCUGCUGAAAUGAAACAGGACUAAGCACAACAUUCACAGCACAGAUCAUAUCAGAAGCUUUUGACUGCUGUAGAGGUUUUUGCUAUGGAUUUUUUUUAUUAUAUUUUUUUUUUAUUGACAAAAGCUUUGAAUCUGGAGAUGAAUAGAAAGCCGUCAAAAAUUUAUCAGCAGUCUUAUUGAUCCAUUCCAGGUACGACAAGGUUUUUUAAAAAAAACUUUUUCACAUAAAAUGGUGAACUGUGAGCCCUAAUUAAUAUCACAAAGUAUUUAGCGGGUAGUUCCGCCGUAUUUUAGGUUCACUCAGCUUUUCUAGGUUACCAUGGUAACCUUUGGUGCAGUGCCUUAAGCCUUAAUACUGACUCAUUAUUACUGUUAUCAGUAACAGAAGCAAACACAUGAAGUGAUAAACUCUGGAGGCACAAAUACUGUUACACUGAUGCCACUGAUAUUUUGAUAAAAGUAUAUUCAAGUAUUAAAAGUCUUUAAGUAUUAAAUGCUUUUCAGUACCUCAAAACUUCACAGUAGAGUUACAAGUGUCUUACUUAAAAUGUCAAAAUGUUAUUUACAGAAAUGUACCCAUGGUGUCAUCAAUCAUUAAAGUAGUUACAGAUCAAUUUUCUUUUGAUUAGUCAAAUUAUUGUGUCUCAGGUUAAAAUAUUUUACUGAGAAGCACUAAAAUAUAUAAAGAUGUAAACAAAGUCUGGCACCUGGUCUGUUUGUCAAAACUGAUUUUUUACUCAUAUGAUCAGUAAUCUGGCCCUAAAUCCAAAUAUCAAAUUAUUUUACAUCUAGAAUUAAAUGUCUUUUGGUGAUCUUGUAGAAAGAGAACAUGAGUGUUAAAACUCAGUAAGGCUACAGAAUCCAGACAUACCCAGACAGUUUGAUGUGCUUUGUGAUGCACACUUGUCAUGGGAUGAACUUCACAGCUUGAUGCCAUGUAAUCAGAUAAACUAUGACUGUGGGGAUCCUGGCGUUCAAAGCGAAGCACAUUGUUUUGUUUUUUUUAUCUGCUUUCUUAUCAACAUUUUGA